UACGCAACCAGGAAGUGUUUCCAAGCCGAACAGCUGAACACUGAGUCUUUUUAGGAGCUAAUUUAACAUUAAGCUAUCUUCUUCUAUCUUUUUCAUAGUGUUACUUUUGGACAGCCAGCUCUUAACUCAGACUUUUCAUCAUUCGGGUUCACUGAUGUAGACGUUCUCACCAGAGGACAAAACAUGGGCUGUGUGUGUGUGUGUGAGGCUUCCAGUGAGGUCUUAUGUUAACAGGCGCUAAGUUCAGUUUUAAAAUGGGACCUGUUCGUGCUGCCUGGGCUUUGCUCAGCCUUGCACCCCUGUUCGUGCUUGGUGUUCCUCCAAUUUGGACCCAACCAGAGCAGGUCCACCUCUCUUAUCCGGGAGAGCCGGGGUCUAUGCUGGUGACCUGGACCACCUUUAAUAAAACAGAGAGCAAGGUGGAGUACGGCCUUCUGGGGGGUCGGCUCUUUGAGAUGACGGCCACAGGCGACGCUACUUUGUUUGUCGACUCUGGAGAGGAGAAGAGGAAGAUGUUCAUCCACAGAGUCACUCUCACAGGCCUCAAAGCUGCCUCUACAUAUGUCUACCACUGUGGGAGCAACGACGGCUGGAGCGACGUGUUCUUCUUCACUGCUCUGAAUGACAGCACACGUUUCAGCCCCAGGUUUGCUCUGUACGGUGACCUUGGCAAUGAGAACCCUCAGUCUCUGGCUCGACUGCAGAAGGAGACGCAGCUGAGCAUGUACGAUGCUAUCCUGCACAUAGGGGACUUUGCCUACGACAUGCAUGAGGACAAUGCCAGGAUUGGAGACGAGUUCAUGAGGCAGGUCGAGUCCAUAGCUGCCUACGUGCCCUACAUGACCUGUCCAGGCAACCACGAAGCAACAUAUAACUUCUCCAACUACAGGAAUCGGUUCAGCAUGCCAGGCAAGACCGAGAGCCUGUGGUACAGCUGGAACCUGGGGUCAGCGCACAUCAUCUCCCUCUCCACCGAGGUUUAUUUCUAUCUCCAGUUCGGCCUGGAGCUCCUCUUCAAGCAGUACGAGUGGUUGAGGAAAGACCUGGAGGAGGCCAACAAGCCGGAGAACCGUGCAGUACGUCCCUGGAUCAUCACCAUGGGACACAGACCCAUGUACUGCUCUGAUGACGACCAGGACGACUGCACCACGUUUGACUCCUAUGUCAGACGGGGAAGGAAUGACACCAAACCAACAGCUCCGGGUCUAGAGGAUCUAUUCUACCGCUAUGGGGUGGAUGUGGAGCUGUGGGCGCAUGAGCACACAUACGAGAGGCUGUGGCCCGUCUACGGUGACAAGGUGUUCAAUGGGAGCAAAGAGCAGCCUUAUGUGAACCCAAAAGCUCCCGUUCACAUCAUCACAGGCUCUGCUGGCUGCAGAGAGAAGACUGACAGGUUCAACCCAAACCCCAAAGAGUGGAGCGCCUUCCGCAGCACAGACUACGGCUACACCCGCAUGCACGUGGUGAACAGCACUCACCUGUACCUGGAGCAGGUCUCUGAUGACCAGUAUGGGAAAGUGAUUGACAGCAUUUGGGUGGUGAAGGAAAAGCACGGUUACUCUUCCUGGUUCUGAAGAGUGCUAUCAUUUUUUUUUUUUUUAAUCUACUAAGGAAAUGCACUUUAAACCUAAAACAAGCAAACAAGGUAUGCUCUAAUGAAUACAGUUACACAAUUAAUUCCUAAUUCAGCAUAUUAAAUUAGGACCGCUUUAUGAUGAUCUACUGUAAAUGAAUUUGCUGUCAGGUGCUCUAUUAAACAAUGUUUUGUAGACAGAGUACCAGAAAUGAAUAGUUUUAAUAAAGUCUGAUUUUCUAUGGA